AAAAACCGUAUCUCUUUUUCAGAGAAAGAGGGGGGUGGGGUACAAUGGUUUCCACGGGUUACAUGUGAACCCAUUCUCGCUCUCUUUUCUGGAUCCGUGACACUGUCUUUCUUGUGGACUCUGUCUCUUGCAAUGGGUCAUGUGUUUCCAUUCAUUUCAGCCUUUACUCUCUCACUGUGCAGCUUGAUAAUUGCCGAAAAUUCAGAAAACUAUGGCCAGGAAUUAUUAUCAUCCGGUUUAGGGUGUGAUCCAUACGUGGGUACAUGGGCUUAUGAUGAGUCUUAUCCUCUUUAUGACUCUUCUCGUUGUCCCUUCAUCGAUCCAGAAUUCGACUGUUUAAAGAAUGGAAGGUCGGAUAAGCUCUAUCUCCAUUAUAGGUGGCAACCCAGCGGCUGUGAUUUGCCGAGGUUCAAUGCUCUCGACUUUUUAUCAAAGAUGAAAGGGAAAACAAUAAUGUUUGUGGGUGACUCGCUGGGUUUGAAUCAGUGGCAGUCCCUCUUAUGCAUGAUUCAGGCCGGAGUGCCCACUGCAAAAACCAGUAUGGCUAAAAAAGAUGCAUUUUACUCCGUGCUUUUUCUGGACUAUGGAGUGAAUGUUUCGUUUUAUCGGUCUCAUUAUCUUGUAGACGUCGUGAGUGAGCCCGCCGGCCGAGCCUUACGACUCGAUUCAAUCGAAAAUGGGAAUGCAUGGGUAGGGGCCGAUGUUUUGUCAUUCAAUUCAUGGCAUUGGUGGACCCACGUUGGCAAUGACAGAGGAUGGGAUUACAUGAGGGUUGGUGACAAGGUUUACAAGGACAUGGAUCGAACCGUGGCUUUCAUCCAAGGAAUGAAGACAUGGGCAAACUGGUCUGACUCGUUUGUGGAUCAUGCAAAAUCCAAAGUCCUCUUCCAGGGAAUUUCUCCGGUCCAUUACCGUGCAAAAGAAUGGAAUGAUUCAGAGCACAAAGACUGCGUAGGGCAAACCCAGCCACUUCCGGGGUCUACAUACCCAGGGGGUCCCUUACCACAAAUGAAAGCAUUACAAACAGUAUUGGAAGGCAUGAAGAGCCCAGCAAUUCUCCUCGACAUAACUACCCUCUCCCAGCUUAGGAAGGAUGCCCACCCUUCCAUUUAUUCCUCUCCGAAAGGCAGAGAUUGCAGCCAUUGGUGCUUGUCUGGCCUGCCUGAUACAUGGAACCAACUUUUAAACAUUGAGAUUUGAUCCUAAUCUCCCAACACCAAAAAAUAGCUUUCUCCGCAAAUAAUUCCUUCUUGCUAGGAGUCGAGCUUGCGUUUGAGUGGUUAGCGACUGACGAUUAGCAACACUACAUCUCAAGUUCGAUUCUUACUGCUCAACUACACAAAAUAAAUAAAAACCAUUCUGUUUUGCUUAUAUUUUGGGACGAAUGGUUAGAUAAAUUUGUGAGGUUGGUCCAAAUUAAUAAAUAGUCUCAAAGGUAAAGGCAAGUUAUCUUUUGCAUUUUUGGUAGGAGUAGGAGAGGAAAUAAUGGCUACAUUGGUGCACGGCAUAAGGUAUUGUUGCUGUAAAUCAUUAUUAGUGCAUAAUAUGAGAUGGAGCAAAUGGAAGCAUUUAGAACUUUU